AUGUCCGUCACCCUGAACGGCGUCGCACUCGAUUGGGCCACGUGCAAGAUAACCCGCCACGGCGGGGGAGGGGACAUCUUCGCGUGGGCUGAGUUCCUCGUCGAUCCGGAGCUGCUCCGAUGCGGCAGCAACGACAUCGGCGUUGCCGUCCUCUCUCGACCAUCGAACCUCGUGGCAAGCGUCGUCCUCCAGAGUGUCGAGAUGCCCCGAGCGUUCAACGCGAUCGUGUUCGACUUCGACGGCCUGAUCGUCGACACGGAAGUCCCCGAGUACGAGGCAUGGCUUGGCAUCUUCCGCUCGUACGGCGUCGAUCUGCCGCUUUCGGUUUGGACGCCGCACAUCGGGGGAGGCCAUGACGGCUUCGACAUCUACGCUCACCUUGCCGAGCUUACCGGCAUGCGGGUGGACCGCGACGAGCUGCGUGAUCGGCGCAGGUCGGCCUUCGCCGAGCUGUUCAAACAUGCCGUCCCGCUUCCCGGCGUCGAGGACUACAUCGCCACCGCGCGGGAACGAGGAAUGCGGAUCGGCAUCGCAUCGAGUUCGACUCACCGUGGGUAG